CCGGCUGGUACUGCCCCCGCUGCCCGGCAUGGCGGGCGGCGGGGCAGCUAGAAACCGAUCCCGGAGGAAGGGUGGCCGGGAUCUCCCUACUGUUCUGGUCUUAUAGAAGAGACAAUUCUAUAUGAAGAUGGGACUGCUGGUGUUUAUGCGUAAUCUGCUACUAGCCCUCUGUCUCUUUCUGGUGCUGGGAUUUCUGUAUUACUCAGCCUGGAAACUGCAUCUUCUCCGAUGGGAGGAUUCAAAUUCAGUGGUUCUUUCCUCUGACUCCGUUGGACGUUCAGUAGGCUCAGGAAGGAGGGAGAGAAAAUCCACAUCUCUUGUGCCUCUGUCAUCUCUCCCAUCACAUCUUGCUGCAGCCCUGGGAACAGGCAAAGCUAAGAGAGAACCUGUUGCUAUUCCACGCCCAACUAUUCCUAAAUAUGACAAACUCGGGUUUCUCCUGAAGCUGGAUUCCAAACUGCCUCCAGAGUUAGCAUCAAAGUAUGCUAACAUCUCAGAGGGUGUCUGCAAGCCUGGAUAUGCAUCUGCACUCAUGACUGCCAUCUUCCCAAAGUUCUCUAAGCCAGCACCAAUGUUUUUGGAUGAUUCCUUCAGAAAGUGGGCACGGAUCCGGGACUUUGUACCUCCUUUUGGAAUUAAAGGACAAGAUAAUCUGAUCAAAGCCAUCUUAUCAGCAACCAAAGAUUAUCGUCUUACUCCAGCCCUUGACAGUCUCAGUUGCCGAAGAUGUGUUAUUGUGGGAAAUGGUGGCAUUCUAGCAAACAAGUCGCUCGGGGUGAAAAUCGAUGACUAUGACGUUGUUAUCAGGCUUAACUCUGCUCCAGUGAAAGGUUUUGAAAAGGAUGUUGGUGGCAAGACGACAAUGCGGAUAACAUACCCAGAAGGGGCCAUCCAGAAACCAGAGCAGUAUGAAAAGGACUCCCUAUUUGUGCUGGCAGGGUUCAAGUGGCAGGAUUUCAAGUGGCUAAAGUACAUUGUUUUCAAGGAAAAAGUGAGUGCCUCUGAUGGCUUCUGGAAGUCUGUGGCAACUCAUGUUCCAAGAGAGCCUCAUGAGAUUCGUAUCCUGAAUCCAUAUUUCAUUCAAGAGGCGGCUUUCAGCUUUAUUGGCCUUCCUUUUAACAAUGGCCUGAUGGGCAGAGGGAACAUUCCAACUCUGGGAAGUGUAGCGAUAACCAUGGUGCUCCACAAUUGUGAUGAGGUAGCAGUGGCUGGAUUUGGUUAUGACAUGAACUCUCCAAAUGCACCAUUACAUUACUAUGAAAACAUCAAGAUGUCUGCCAUCAAAGAGUCCUGGACGCACAAUAUCCAGCGAGAGAAGGAGUUUCUACGAAAACUGGUAAAAGCUCGAGUAAUCACAGACCUCACCAGUGGAAUCUGAGGAAGCACAGCCCCUGUGUUGAAGGGCACAGCCACAUGCAUAUAAGCUGAGAAUAAGGGCAGCAAGAGGUCCAUGGCAAGAAUCCCAGCUUCUUCGGGACACACAGUGCCCUUGGAAAGUCUCCCUGGCUUGCUCUGUCUGCCUGCAUCAGGGUCGCAGCGGCUAUUAGCCUGAGGGAGCAGGUCCCACACUCGGAACUGCAAGGGGAUCUUGUGUUUGAGAUGGAAUAUCACUGGAGAGAACAAACAAAAGCUGGUGAAACAAAACAAAAUUGUGCCAAAUGGUAACAGGAGCCAGGCCAGAGGCAACAGCACUUGAAUGUACAAUGCAUUAUUUUUUUAUAUAAAGACUCUUGAGAAUCACAUAUGUCAAGGUGCAAAGUGGAGCCUGGCAUGUGUACCAGCCCCAUGGGCACCUGACCUGGCACUGCACUUAGCCUGCCUCUGUGCCAGCCACAGCCCCUUUGCAGGGUCUGACUCCAUCCAAGAAUUGUCUGUUGUUGGUGCUGCUAUAAUUUAAAGGUAUUGUGGCCUCUCUUUGUCCUAGAUGGAGCAACUGAGAGACCUGUUGGAUCUUCAGACUCCCUACUUCUUAUGGGGCAGUCACUGAUGCCAACAUUCACCAGGCUGCAUUUUUAGCCAUUGUUCACAGAGUUCACUUCAUUGUGUUGGGGUAUUUUUAUGUGUUUGGUCAGCUGGGUGCAGCCCCUGCUGGGAGAUACCCCAGUAUUUGUUUUCUGAGGCAUCUGCAUCAUGAUUCUGAAGCAUUCUGUACUUUUUAAAAACUUUUUUUUUCCUUGUGGAGAAAAUAAUUUAUUUUUUGAUCAGGUCAGAAAUUGUCCUAAUAUGUGAAAUUUCAUCAGUGUUUAGCAACUAAUGGUGCCAGAGAAUACUCAUUCUGUUGUAUUGUAGUUUAAGUGACUACUAAUGUGAUAGUGUUUAAGCUCCUCUGGAAACAGUGGUAGAAAUUACCUGGCUGGCAAUUACCCUGUUUUUUGCUUCCAUGUGUCGGGUUUUUUUCUUAGUCUGUUUCCAAAUCCUUCUGCAUCCUUUUUAAGGGGGCAGAGGGGUGUAUUUCUUAUUCUUCUGCCCUGAGACUCAGAUGCAAUAUUUGCACAAGUGUGUUCUAUUUGUAUUGGGAAUGUUAGAAAUAUAUUGUGCAAAGUGACCAAACAGUGGGAAGGGCGGAAUGACAUUACUUGUCAGGGGAUCUGUGCACCAAAGAGGCAUUCUUGGAGCUCUUACUAACCCCUUGUAUUAAAUAUGAAUAUAUUUUGCAUUGGUGUGACGUCCAAUGGUGCAUUAAAAUGAUUAGCUUGCCUUUCCUAGCACAGAGAUGA